CUGAGCAAGUAAAAGAACUUCAACUACCACUUACUCUAAGUGAUAAUCAUGGCGAAUGUUUUGGUAUUGUGUUUUCCCUUUUUCAGGGGUCGAUAUUUUAAUCGGGUCACCCGAGUUACACUUACAAAAUAAGUUUUAAGAUAAUAUUUUUUGAAAAUAUAUUUAUACCAGACCAAAAUUAAGGCCUAAAAUCUAUUUAUUUGAACUUUGCUUCUGAAUAGUAUAAACAACAUUUGAUUUCAUCAGUUUUUCUGUAAUGAUGAUGGAGUAAAAUUGAGACUACACAGGUGUUAAGAUCUUUUAAAGAGUUACUUUGUGGUAUUUAACAUGGUUUGUUUUUGGAAUAUAUGUACAUCUUGAAACCUAUUAAAAUGGGAGUAAGUGCUUCUUCUCCAGCUUCUUGUAGUAAUCCUCAGCCUGAGCCUAUGGCAUCAUCUCUUCAGGCUCAAAGUGUGUGCACAAGUUUUUCAUCUGGAAAUGUUGAUCAAUAUGGAAAGGAAAAGAAGAGAAAAGUCGGAUCAUUGUCCACUCUCCGUAAACGUUUCGCUCGUCGGCGGAGAACGAGCAAGGGGUUCGACCAUGCUCAAGUAUUCCGUGAAUUUAUAGCAGACUGGAGCCCAAGAGAUGUUGUAGCUUUAGUUGAAGAGUAUGAAGCAACCGCUGCGUUGAAGGAAAUUACUUUACAAGCAGAAAUGGCUCGUCCUGUUUCUAGUUCGUGUAAACAGGAUUUGGGGCUACUGUUUGAGAACAAAUACUGUUCUGAUAUUAAUCUCAUCUAUCAAGGAACAGUGUUUGCUGUUCAUCGUGCAAUAUUGGCAGCAAGAUGUCCCUUUUUUCGUGAAAUGCUCAAUAGUUUAUCAUCAAUCUGUACAGAAGUGGCUGUUGAUAUAGACAUUGCUGGUGUUAGUAUAUCUAUGUUUAAUGAACUUUUGAGAUAUUUAUAUACUGGAGAAUUAUCUGUAGCAGAUAGUUACAGUGGUAAUUUUGAUAUCUUGUUUCAGUUAAGUGAACAAUUUGGAAUUCCAAAUCCACUUGAACAAGAUUUAAAAUAUUUACUUGAAACUGGUAUUUACAGUGAUAUUUCUUUAAGCUUUACUUCUCCAAGUGAUACUGGCCACUCUGUUGUGCGUGGCCAGACAGCAUACAUCUGUGAUCAUAUAUUAAUGGACGCGGAAGGAAAGCCGUGUAAAAUUUGCCAUGGGACAAAUGAGUUUUGGUGUCAUCGAGCUAUUUUAUCUGCUCGGUCACCUUUUUUCCGCAAUGUUAUUCAUCGGCAGCAAAGAAGGUCUGCGGACAUGCAUGAGACCCAUAGGACUCGCAUACUGUUAGACGAUAGCAUAAUACCUCGAAGGUAUGCUUGUAUUCUACUACGAGCUGUUUAUCAAGAUGCUUUGGAAUUUGGGGCAGUGCUACCUGAUAGUUCAAAGAGAGGCAGCAUGGCGGAUGUACAUGUUCCUCAGUCAUCAGUUGAAGAAGCUAUGCAACUUUUUGAAGUUGCACGCUUCAUUGAAAUGGAUGCCCUUGUUCAUAGUUGUGAAGACUUUAUAGUAGAAUCACUAAACUUGGAAACUUUACUACCUGUUUUAAGAUGGAGUAGUCAGCCCCAUGGCUCACAUUGGGUUUAUCGGCAAGCUAUUAAUUUUAUUCGGGAAGAGUUUAUGACUGUUUCUGCUUCACCUAUUUUGUUCCAGUUAGAAAAAUCUCAUUUAAUUGAUGUAAUAAAGUCAGACUUUCUUCAGGCUGGUGAACUUGAAGUUCUUCAGGCAGUUUUAAAGUGGGGAGAACAUCAGUUGUUCAAGCGUGUUGAAGAAAGAGAACCAAAUUUAGUAAGCCACACUGCCCAUAGCGUCAGCAGAAGAGGUCUAAGAAGACGAGAUUUAAGUGAUGUUGAGCUUCGAGACUUGCUGUCCGACCUCCUUAGCUGUGUUCGAAUCAGUCAUAUUUUGCCUCCAGACAGUGAAGUUCUUGUAUCAGCUGUACGACGAGGAUUGAUCAGUACACCUCCAUCUUAUAUGCUAGGUGAUGAUUUAUUAGUUGGUCAUAGUUCGAAUCUGAAGCCUAAAGCUUGGAUAAGAGGUCGUAACAGCCAUGGCUUAUAUGUUAAGCCUCGUCUUUUUACUCCUUAUGUUGAGGAAGCUAAGGGAUGGCUGGAAGAACAGCUUGGCCAAGAUACAGAUGUUGUUCGCCAGCAGGUCUGGCACAUAUCUCAUAUUCCUGAUACUUUAUAUAUGGUUGAGAAACCUCUAUCAUUUAGUGAAGGUGUCGUUCCCUUAGGCCAUUUAUGUCCACUUUCAAGUAUGGAGUUCAUGAAGGAUGUUGUUUUAGAUGAAAUAACUUUGCGCCAAAUGAAAAAAAGAGAAAAGGAAUUGAGGCAGGGCCAGAGUGCUCGACGAGCUUAUUCAGUGGUUAGAAACCACUGUGAUGUCACCAAACUUUUGCAGCUGCGGGUAGUGCGAGAGUUUGGCCUUCCGGAUAAGGUGAUGGAAGUGCUCCAUCGUACUUCCUACCAGUUCCUGGAGGAAUAUGGAGCUGAGCAUCAUUCCUCUGCUGCUUCAAUACCUCCUAGCCAUCCUUCGCGCCACUCUGGGGACCAUUCUAGUCACGUCUAUGGACUGCCGCGCAUGUACAAACCUUCUAGGCAUCUCAGCUUAGAACUCGGAGAGGCUAGAGAUGAACCUCUUCCGCCUUCCAGCCAGUUUCCUUCGCAGAUGUCAAGAAGCUGUUGUAGUGAUCAUCUUAAUGAAAUCAUUCCUGACAUCGCUAUAGGAACUUCUCUUCUCGAGCAGAUUCAUAUCAAUGAGUCUGAAACCAGCCCUGACAGUGGAGGAUUCUCUCUUCGCAUGUUUUGACUGAAGUGGUCAUUUAGCGGACUAAGAAAUUGUCUUCCAUGUCAGUGUUUUUAACCAUGGAAACUGCUAACAAAUUAUUCAUUGUAAAUACACUCUGGAACUAACCUCAUUAUCUGGCUUGCUACUAUGUUAUUAAUAAAUGUGUUGGCUUUUUCAACAGGGUGUGCAUUUAGAUAGAUGUUGACAAAAAUUUAAACCCUUUUUUCUCAAUGAAAAGGCUGUUUAUAUGAAGGGUGGAAUAAAUUGCAUUGUUCAUCAUUGUAUAAAAUAUCUUGUUGAUAAUGUUACUGGAAGAUAUCUCUUUUUCAAAACAAAUGAAAAAGAAACAGCUUUCAAUUAUUAUGUACAUAAUGUUGAUAUUUUAUUUACAUUUUUGCCAUUUUGAGAUUUUUAACUGUGUUCCUCCCCUUGCAAUUAAAUUAUGUAUCUAAUUUAUCAUUUGUUAAUGUUGUGUCGAGAGACUGUAUGUAAAUAAUUUAAUUUAAUUUUAAUUGGAACACAUAUUCCUGUCGAAAGUGAUAAUUUAUGAAUUAAAAUUAUGAAGUGGUUCAGCAAUUGUCAUUAAACUGCUUUAAAAUGUUAUGAAGUGAAUGUAUUUCCUUCAAAUAUAUGCUGAUAAUUGUCUAUUUUAAUUAGUUUUUAAGCAAUUGAAGUAUUCAGAGUACUAUGCAAUGAGUCAUAAUUUUUAGUUUCUGUAAUUUAUAAAUUAUUUGUUGAGAGAUACUUAUAAAAUUUUAAUAUAAGUAAUAUUUUAUUUAUUGGAUCUUUUUACUUUUUGUCUGCUGUACGUAAUGUCUAAUUAGUUUAAAAAUUACAUGUAAGCAUGUUUUGUUAGAAAAGGUUUUUCUUUUAUUAUUAAAAUUUAUCAUCUCAGUUACAGUAGUUUUAUAUGUGGUGUGAGAACGAAACAAUAUGAAAAAAAAAAUUAUAUACUUCUGUGUUCAAGGUUAUUC